AAUCAGUCAGGCCCGCUUCCCAAAACAACGGCCUAGUCGCAGCAGAAUCACAUGACCUUCCGUCUCCAACUGAUCCCCUAGGGGAGUAGGGUUCGAAGCUUCUACAUGGCCACGUCGACGGCCGCGGCGCGCCUCGCCGGCGAGGUCUCGCAGCAUGCGUCCCGGUUAGCCGCCACCAGGGGACUUCCCCCCAGGAGCCUGCGGCUACCCCAGCCACGCCGGCUGCGGCGCGGCAUCCGGUGCUGCGCGGUUGGGAGCUCCGGCGGCGGCAUGGCACCGCGGGAGGAGUUCGUGGGCUUCUUCCGGGAGGCGUGGCCGUACAUCCGGGGCCACCACGGGAGCACCUUCGUGGUCGUCAUCUCAAGCGAGGUCGUGUCCGGGCCGCACUUGGACGGCGUUCUGCAGGACAUCUCACUUCUGCAUGGUCUGGGGAUUAAAUUCGUUCUUGUUCCAGGAACACAUGUUCAAAUUGAUAAGCUCUUGUCAGAAAGAGGAAGGAAGGCCAAGUAUGUCGGUCAGUACCGAGUUACUGAUUCUGAUUCGUUAGAGUCUGCAAUGGAGGCAGCCGGUAGAAUACGGUUAACAAUAGAGGCCAAACUUUCGCCUGGUCCCCCAAUGUUGAAUCUCCGUAGACAUGGUGUUAUUGGACGUUGGCAUGGUCUUGUGGAUAACGUUGCAAGCGGCAACUUCCUUGGUGCUAAGAGAAGAGGGGUAGUUAAUGGUAUUGAUUAUGGAUUCACUGGUGAAGUUAAGAAAAUAGAUGUUUCACGGAUAAGAGAAAGGCUUGAAAGUGAUAGCAUAGUGGUUGUGAGCAAUAUGGGAUAUUCGAGCUCAGGAGAAGUGUUAAAUUGCAACACUUAUGAGGUGGCUACCGCAUGUGCUUUAGCCAUAGAGGCAGAUAAGCUUAUCUGCAUUGUAGACGGUCAGAUAUUCGAUGAGCAUGGACGAGUCAUUCAUUUCAUGUCUAUUGAGGAAGCUGAUAUGUUGAUCAGAAAGCGUGUUAAGCAAAGUGAUAUUGCCGCCAAUUAUGUUAAGGUUGUGGAUGAGGACCAUGAACCAUCAUUGAAUGGCGGAGCUCAUGUUAACGGAUAUUCUGCUUCCUUUAAAAAUGGUUUGGGUUUUAACAAUGGAAAUGGUAUUUAUUCUGGUGGGCAAGGGUUUGCUAUUGGUGGUGAAGAGCGUUUAAGCAGAUCAAAUGGCUAUCUUUCUGAGUUGGCUGCAGCAGCAUAUGUGUGCCAUGGUGGCGUUCAAAGAGUUCAUAUCAUAGAUGGAACUGUAGAUGGAUCGCUGCUAUUAGAACUGUUUACAAGAGAUGGUGCAGGAACAAUGAUAGCUAGGGAUGUUUAUGAAGGAACAAGGAUGGCUACAGAGGAAGAUCUUUCUGGCAUAAGAAAAAUUAUUCGCCCGCUGGAAGAUUCUGAUGUUUUGGUGCGGAGAACAGAUAAAGAGCUUCUUGAAGCGUUGGAGUCGUUCUAUGUUGUAGAAAGAGAUGGAUCAAUCAUCGCUUGUGCUGCUCUUUUUCCGUUUCCUGAGGAAAAAUCUGGAGAAGUUGCUGCAAUUGCUGUAUCUGAAGAAUGCCGAGGAAGGGGUCAAGGGGAUAAGUUGCUUGAUUACGUUGAGAAGGUGGCAUUAUCCCUUGGUCUUGAGAAAUUAUUCUUGCUUACUACACGGACAGCAGACUGGUUUGUGCGGCGUGGCUUUUCAGAGUGCUCAAUUGAAUCUAUUCCCGAGCAGAGGAGAAAACGUAUCAAUCUCUCACGUGGAUCCAAGUAUUAUGUAAAGCAGCUCCAGCCAAAGCAUGCUGGAGUUACCACCAACAAUUUUGUCAUCAGAUGACACAACAGUCACUAACCUUGGUGCAAACGUAACAAGAUAGCAACUCUGAGUACAUCAAUUUUGCUCCUUGCCCGAAGGCAUAAUUUCAGAAAGAAACAUAACUUUUGCUGACAGUGUACUUGAGUGAUAAUUAUCUUUAUGUUUACGUGUGUAAAGGAAAUUCGUUUCACAAAUUGAGGCAGAGAACAAAUAGCUGAUUAAAAUUAUACGUAAACCUUAUUAACAAGCAAUAUGAUUAUGUGAACAACACCGAGUAGAGGAAUGCAGUCGGAA